CCGAGUCGGGCGGCGUGGGAACUGCUCGGUCCUGCCGGCCUCCCUCUCUCUCUCUCUGUCUUAAUCCCUUCCAAAUCCUUAUAUUUAGCUUCUUAAUCACUUAAAUUAGCCCCAGUCUCUUCGCCGAGCCAUCUACGAGUCUGACUGCCCCCGCCCCGCCCCGCCCCCACCCUCCCUCCAAAGGCCAGGGAGGUGUUGCCCUCUCCGUAUCAAUCUCUUUCUUUCUUCCCACCGCUCGACCUGGGUCCAUUCGUCCCUGCGGUGAGUAGAGUUUGAUCGGGUGGGGGGAUCGAGGGGGUUCAGCUCGAGUGUGGUGGGCGGGGGUCACCGGUUCUUACCCAAGGAUUUGUAGGUCUUUUGGGGGAUUCGGUGUUUGAAUUCGUUGGGGAAAGAUGAUGAUGUGGAAAGAUAGCGGCGUUCCGGCGGAUUCUUUCUACGAGGCUCGGUCCGAGUCCGCCGAGGGACCCAAGAGCAAGUUCAAGAUUAAGGCUGGAAAGACUCUGAGCGCACGAAGAUGGCAUGCUGCAUUUAGUCCGGAUGGUCACUUGGACAUUGCUUCAGUUCUCAGUCGGAUACAGCGAGGGGGUGUUCAUCCUUCAAUACGUGGAGAGGUCUGGGAGUUUUUACUUGGGUGCUUUGAUCCUAAAAGCACCUUUGAGGAGCGAGAGCAGCAGAGAGAACAUCGGAGGGUGCAAUAUGCAAGAUGGAAGGAUUUGUGUCAGGCGUUGGAUUCUCAUGUUGGCAGUGGAAGAAUCAUUACAGCUCCAGUAAUAACCGAGGAUGGUCAACCUAUUCAAGACCCUUUAGUCCUCCUGGAAGCCAAUCCGGAUCAAUCCAAAGGACAAGCUAAUGGUGGUUCUGAAGCAGAGCCUUACCUGGAUAAGCAAGUGAUCGAAUGGAAGCUCACACUACACCAAAUUGGUCUUGAUGUGCUUCGGACAGACAGAACUCUGGUCUUCUAUGAGAAGAAAGAAAAUCUUUCAAAGCUCUGGGAUAUCCUAGCUGUUUAUGCCUGGAUUGACAAAGACGUUGGCUAUUGUCAAGGAAUGAGUGAUCUUUGCUCCCCACUGAUAAUUCUUCUUGAAGAUGAAGCAGAUGCAUUUUGGUGCUUUGAACGUUUGAUGCGCAAACUGCGAGGAAAUUUCAGAUGCACUGAGAGAUCUGUUGGUGUGGAGAAUCAACUACAAAGUCUAGCAUCAAUAACACAAGUUCUGGACCCAAAGCUUCAUCAACACCUAGAAACACUUGGUGGAGGUGAUUACCUCUUUGCGGUUCGCAUGUUUAUGGUAUUGUUCCGCCGAGAAUUAUCCUUUGGAGAUUCUUUGUAUCUUUGGGAGAUGAUGUGGGCUCUAGAAUAUUACCCUGAUAUGUUCGCCAUGUAUGAAGAGCCAGAGCUUCUCACUGAAAAGAAUGAUGUGUCUAAAGGGAAAGUUAAGUCAAUACGCCAAUUUGGGAAAUUUGAAAGGGAGAAUCUCAAGAACGGAACUAAAACUUCUGAAGCCCCUUUGCCAAUCACAGUUUUUCUUGUUGCCAGUGUUCUCAAAGAAAAAAGUGCAAGGCUAAUUCAGGAAGCACGUGGUUUGGAUGAUGUCGUUAAGAUUUUAAACGAGACAAAUGGAGAUUUAGAUGCAAAAAAAACGUGCAGUCAUGCAAUUAGGCUUCACAAGAAAUAUUUGAAAAUGGCCAAGAAAUAAUAGCUUCUGAUGUAUAUAAUGUUCCAUGGAGUGAGUUGAUUCCUGGUGGCGGAAUAAUACAGCGUUUACUUGUUGAAGGAUCUGCAAAGGGAGAUACUUUCACUACUUGUCAAAUUCUCUAAAGCCCUAGCUCAUUGUUUUUCUAUGAGCAGGUUCUCCUCCAGUAUGUUGUAAGACUACUACUACUACAUGUAAAUCCUAUUCAUGCCUCAUGUGCUCUUCAUUGAAGCAAACCAUUGCAACUGUAUUAUUUCUCAGCUGUUAUUGCUUCAAAACCAGGAAAUGAUUGAGGAUUGGUUCA